UCCAUUGCUGCUAGCUAGCUGCAUUCGGUUGAGGCCAACCAGCAACCACACACUAUAGCUCAUUACUCACUAGCAGCGGCGAUGAGGAGGUUGCGGCUGCAGCAGCUCGCCGUCGUCGUGGCGGUACUGGCGUUAGUGGCGGCGGUGCGUCCGGCUGUGUGCCGGGAGCAGCAGAACAACGGUACGGUGGAGGUGGCAGGGGAGGAGAUGCGGAGUGCGAGGGCGACGGCGGUGAUCGUGUUCGGCGACUCCAUCGUGGACCCAGGGAACAACAACAACCUGCACACCCAGAUCAAGGCCAACCACGCGCCCUACGGCAAGGACUUCGACGGCCACGUCGCCACCGGCCGCUUCUCCAACGGCCUCGUGCCCUCCGACCUCGUCGCCCAGAAACUUCACGUGAAGAAGCUGGUUGCUCCGUGGCUCAACGUCGACCACACUCCGGAGGACCUCCUCACCGGAGUCAGCUUCGCCUCCGGCGCCACUGGAUAUGACCCCCUCACUCCAAAAAUCGUGAGUGUGAUCACGCUGGAGCAGCAACUGGAGUACUUCGAUGAGUACCGUGACAAACUGGUGGCCAUCGCCGGCGAGGAGGAGGCCGAGAGGAUCAUCGAUGGUGCCUUCUUUUUUGUGUGUGCCGGCUCGGAUGACAUAGCUAACACCUACUUCACAACACCGUUUCGGAGCGUCCAGUACGACAUCUCGUCCUACGUGGACCUCCUCCUCGUCGGUGUGGACAAGUUCCUCCGAAGCGUGAGUGCUCGCGGCGCCAAGAGGAUCGGCUUCGUGGGCGUCCCGCCCAUCGGAUGCGUGCCGUCGCAACGGACGGUCGGCGGCGGGUUGCAUCGUCAUUGUGAACCCAAGCACAACUACGCAGCACAGCUCUACAACUCAAGGGUGCAGGAGCUGAUCGAAAGGAUGAAAGAGGAGCUCAACACCCGCAUAGUCUACCUAGGGAUCUAUGACAUCAUCCAAGAGCUCGCCGAGGAUGGGGAGCGUUGGGGCUUCACUGAGACGACCCACGGGUGCUGCGGGACCGGGCUCAUCGAGGUGACGAAUCUCUGUGACUCUAGGUUCAUGGCGGUGUGCGACGACGUAUCCAAGCAUGUCUUCUUCGAUAGCUUCCAUCCCACGCAAAGGGCAUACAAGAUCAUUGUCGACAACAUCUGGGACACCUAUGGACACCUCUUGUAACCCUAAAUGGAGUUUCUCAACAUUGAUUGAGCUCCAUGGAUCGAUGAGCAUACACGGCAUAUAAAUUUGAAACUUUGCAGUUCGAUAAAACAUUAGAACUAAAUAUUUUAGACA